UAAAAGACAAUGUUUUCCUUGUUUUUCUUCGUAAAUAACGUUUUUUAACGUUUCUAAGGCACCAAAAUGGAGAUGUCGCGGUCCGGUGCCUACGACAGGUUCAUCACAUAUGUGGAUCAGCUGCGCAAUACGGAAUGCAGUCAAAAGCAGAAGAUUACCUGCUUCCAGCAGAUUGCCGAGUGCAUCAUGUCGCCUGGGCUAGCCACCCACAUCAACUAUCCUGCACACUGCGGCACGGCCACCAAUGUGCUGCUGCUGUUCUGCGAGGACCUCGACUCGGUGGUGCGGAUGAGUGCCGAGGAGAACCUAAACAGGAUCUUUAGGGCGCUGGAAAAGACGCGGGUCAGUCGCAUCCUCAUGGACCUUUAUGGCGAGAUCAAGCGGAAUGGCAAUCAGAGAUCUCUAAGGAUUUGCCUGAACCUAUUCUCGUAUUAUGCGCCGCAAAUUAAGGAGAAACACAUCAAGUGGUAUGCUGUACGACUUUUGCAAUGCAUGUCUACCAUCUCCCAGCGCAAGGAGACGCUGCUGCAGGAAACGCUCUGCGACUUCGUCAAACACUUUGGUCGCUAUGUGCAGCAGGGCCUCAGCGACAGCGAAUCCUGCAAACUGUUCGAGAUAUUCCUGGACAACAUUGGCGCGGAUUGUGCUGUAAAGCGUCGCUGCUCGGCCCAGAAUUGCAUCAGUCUGAUUGAGCAUGCCCGCAAUAGGAGUCUCAUGGCCAGGCACGGACUCGGCAAAGUGAUGGAACUCCUGCUGACGGAUCAGCAGACCAGCAGUGUGCUGGGUUCCCUAGGACUGCUGCGUCUCCUCCUUCCGCAACUCAUACGAGGCUACUCGGCCGCCAGCCAGGAGGAUUCCGAGUCCUUGGCCGGUCAGCAGCAGCAGCAGCAGCAGCAGCAAAAGCAUCUGAAGAGGCAACAGCUACAGCAACAGACAACGACCUCCGACUGCCGGCAAAUUAUUGAAAUUUAUGAUUAUUGUUUGCACCUGCUGAGCACGCAGCACACCACGAAUCACGCCAUCAUAAAUGCCACCCUGGAGGUCAUCAACGGCAUACUCCAGGCACUGGAUGCCCCCUCCGAUGGUCAGAGUCAAAGCCAGAACCCGAGCCUCGGUCAAAGUUUGCGCCAACUGUUGUGCAAUCAACAACUGCAACACAAUGAGUAUUUGCGGCGAAGGAAAUCAUUAAAGAAUCAAAUAUUCCAAUUGAAAAAUUACGAAGUGGCGACAAGUCAACAGCCACUGCAGGAUGAGGUUGCAGAUGAGGAUGAGAAUGCGGAUGCGGAUGCGGAUGAGGACGAGGAUGGGGUGACUGCAAUGCAAAUGAAAAAGAAUUCAAAUGCAAAACUGCAGCAGCCAAAGUGUCAACAGCAGCGGCAGGAGCAACAACAGCAAAAGCAACAGCAACUCGAGGUUGACAGCAGCUCGCUGGGAAUUAAUGCCGGAGAAGAUGCCACGACCGAGGCUGCAAGUUCCGUCGCUGAUGAAGGGGCGAAGGCGCAGCGCGGGCACAUUAGGAAUGCCGCACGCAGCAUCAGCGAGUGUGUGGCCUCCGUUGAGGAGCGACAGGGCGACGAUGAUGACAUGGACGACGACGACGACGACGACGACAUGGAGCUGCUGAGCGCCGAGUGUGAUGACUUUACAACCCUGUCGCAACUAAAUGAACAACGGUCGCUGUCAGCGGCCCUGCAAUUGCCCGCAACAACUACGGGCGAUAAACUGAUUGAUGUUGAUGCCAAUGUGGGGGGGCUGCCAAAACCGCAGCAGCAUCAGUCAUCUCUGCAGAAUCUGCUCGCCGGCAGCGAUGACAAAUCCCAGCAUUUGAGUGACAUCGACAAUGAAUCUUUCAACAGCAUCGAUUUCGAAGCCGAAAUCACAAUUGCCGGCAGCUCUGCUGGCAAAGAGCAACAGCAACAGCAACAGCAGCAAGAUCAGGCACAUCCCACGGCGGAUGGUUCCGGGGAAUCCGAACCCGGCGACGCAACAGCAAUUGGCACAUUCUUCAACAACCUGCUGUCCCACUCCAAUGCAGCCUCGGAGUCGGUCAGUAAGCUCUUUCGUCAAUCAAGCGGCUCUAAAUCCACGCCCUCCAAGUCGGCUCACGCGGACAAAUCGGACGCCGUCUCCACCGCCUCGCUCACGCUCUCGCUGAGCUCCCUGGCAAGCAGCAGCAAUAUGGAGCCGCCGGAGCGUCAGCCCUCGAUUGCGGAAACCCCAACGCCCGUGGAGGACUCGUUGUCGGCGACUGCCUCCCACACCGCGUCCACAGCCCUCAUGAUGGAUGCCCCAGCGGAAGAGGCAGAGGGACUGGGUCCGAGAGUGGGCUACUCUAAGCCCGAGACACCGCAGAUGCGAAGCACGCCCAACGCUAAUCCCUUUCUGGUGGAGAACUCCCCGCUUCGGCAGACAGUUGUGGGACGUGCCCUGAUCAGCGUGAAAAUUGGCAGCAUUAUGGAGCAGUCUUUGGUCUACUACACGGCUCGUCUGGUGGCAGCCAGAUUCCUACUUAGCGGACAGGCGGCAGGCCUGCAGCCGGAUAGUGUCUGCAGGGUUUCCAUCAAGAGCCUUUCGCUGGCCGUGAUCGCACAGUGCGUGCGCCUGGCUCCCCGAGUGCUUCAGCUGAACCUGGAAAUCAGCGAUCAGGAACUCCAACUGCUGCAGGAGGCCAGUUGCCAGGUUGGAAGUGGCGAUAGUACCCAGCUUUCCAGUCCCCAGAGUAGCGAUAACUCGCAGUCGGGCGGAGAGAAGCCGCGGUUGGAUAGUCCCCUGAUGCAGACAGAAGUAGAGGAUAACCUGCUCCUGCUGGACAUCAAAGAUGAUCAUUUUGGCGCCAGCACCUGUCCAGUUUACUUGCAGCAACCGGCGCCCACACUUACCCGUAGUGCCGAUGCUUCGGUUCUGCUACUUGGAAAAAGCUCUGCCUCCCAGCCUAUCAAGAAGUCAGCCAACGAAGACAAGCUGUCCAAGUCCGAGAUCAUCGGCAGCUCCUUUCGCCCCACGGUGGCAGCGGAGGACGUGCCACCUUUGAGUCUGCCUCCACGUCCCCCAAAGCGCACCAAGUCGACACGCAGUCGUGCAGGUAUUAAUGGGAUGAUGUCCACCGCAGGCAGUUCCCAGACUCCCGGCUGCCAGGCGCUUUCGGAUGUGCUGCUCUACCAUGACCACUGUGAUCCCAUCUUACGUGGCGGUGUUCAGCAGGUGGUGGGUUUCUUUCUGCAAUCCAGCGGAGCUGGUCUGUCUUUGGAUCUGCAGCGUGGCAUGGGACUGCAACACUUGCUGGCCGUUUUGCUAAAGGGCUUUGAGGACGAGAUCCACACAGUGGUUAUACAAGCGUUGAAUGCAUUCGAUAAGAUAUUUCCGCAUGUGGUGUCCAAAUAUUUGACAGAGCCGCCAUGUCAUUAUCAUGCUCAUCAGCAGCAGAAGCAAAAGCAGAAGCAGGAGCAAAAGCAACAGCAGCAGCAGUUGGAGGACGACCAGGACCUGCAACGACAUUCAAGUGGACAACAAAAGCGUCCGGGCCAGGCGCAAACAUUUGGCCAACAAACUUUUGCAAAGGACCAGGAUAAUGCCUUAAGCAGUCAACGGCCGCAACAAAGGCGUCCUAACGAUGCCGGGACAUGUGCCAAGUCCUCGGCCACAGAUAAUGAUGGGCUACUGGCUGCUCUUUUGAAUGAUUUCCAAUUGCAAUCGACUGGCAUGCAGCAGCAGCAGCAACUUCAGCAACAGCAAAAGAAUAAUGGCAACGGCAGUGGGCAGUUGGGUAAUGAGCCCGAACCAUUCUGUGUGUUUGCCAUCUCGCCCAAAUUGCUCUUGAGCAAACUCCGGCUCUGCCAUCACAAUAAAUAUUGGCUGGUCCAGAAUAAAUACGCCGAAGUUAUUUCGAAUUUAAAUUACGUGCUGCUGCGGUCGUACUACGCAAAUUUUCGUUGUGGCCUCGCCAGCAAUAACACCACCAGCGUCGAGCAGGAGCAGGAGCAGGAGCAGCAGCAUCAGGAGCAGCAGGAACAGUCGCACUCGACGAGGGAAGCCAGCGAUUCCGGAUGCGGGAAAGCGGAGAGCGAGGACAUUGUCUGCACUUAUGAGGCACAGUUUCUGGCUGAACUUUUACAUCUGCUCGGCGACGAUGAUGCGCGGGUGCGGGAACAUGCCGCCUGCUGUCUUUGCCGGUUUAUAAUGCAAACGGCGCGCCAGGAGCAGGAGCCGGCAGCCGGCAGGGAUGAAGAUGAAGGAUGCGAGAUCGAAGGCAAUGGCAAUGGCAACAGCAACAGCAACGUCAACGUGGAAACUCAACAAACUAAUUUCAAUUUGCUGUGGGAUUUUUUCGACUAUCGCAUAUUUGGCAGCAUGUCCGUGACGUUGCGUAAUUUAUUCCGGACCAGUUCGACGAUUGUGCCUCCGUUGGCGGAGCUGGAUGCACUACCCUCCAUGGGCUCCGCCUGCCCGGAGGCUGGCAUCACGUCCAUGAUGGGAAGCAGCUCCUGCUCCUUAGGAUCGGCAGCCGAAGCGGCAGCCUUCGCGGCGUCGGCCUACUUUGAUGGCAGUUACGGCAACGGCAUCGCCGAGGGGCAUGUUUUUUCCAUGGCGGGGCAACGUCAAAUCGCGCUGGAGGAAAAAGUUUUGGCCAAAGUUUUGUAUCGCUUGACAAAUAAAUUGAUGACGCUGAAUGAUAAAAAUUUGCAGUUUGGCAUAAUUUACGCGCUGCGCCUCCUGCUCAGGCACUUCAAUUUCGUGGACUAUCAACAGGCCUGGAUGGAAUUCAAUUUCGUAGAAAUUUGCAUUAGCCAUGCCUACUACAACAAUGCAACGGCAGCGGACCUCGGUUGCCAGAACGAUUUGAUUGAUGUGAUGGGCAAAUUAAUGGCAGGUGCCAUGUUGAGCUCCGGUGAGCCGAGGACUGCCCACCUGGAUUUUCUGCUGCGCCACAGUCUCAAGAUACUCAACAUCUACUACCACCUGGUCACCAAUCAGCGCCCGCCCUCCGGCUCGCAUUCAGCUUCCAGCUCGAAGGUGCCCAAGAGCGAGCUCUUCACCCGGGAGCAGCCAGGGGCAGCAGCCCUCCAGGCUCUGGGUUACUUUGCUGGCGAUUACGUUUACAUGAAACUUUACAACAUUUUAAGAGGUGCUAAUGACAGCUACAAGAUAACCAUAAAUCACGAGGCCGGCAGCUUAUUAAUUUGUCUCCUGAAGACUUGCCUGAACGCAUUGAGCCUGUGCCUGGAGUCCCUGCCGAGUGCCUCGCCCCCGGAGCUGAAAUUAAUCGAAGAAAUACUCCACUAUUUGACCAAGCUAAUAAAUUAUGCGCCCGCCGAGUGCGUUGCAUGUCUGCGGCAACUGUUGAAAUAUUUAUUCGCCCAAAAUUAUGCCAGCCAACUGCGGGUGCAGCCGACGGCCACCACCGAUGGCCACCAUGCCGCCUUCACGCGUCCCUACUUUGUGGCCAAGGGCAGGGGUCAUGGCGUCCUCUCCACAUUGUUGCCAACAAUAAAUUCAAAACCGGAGCAAGGAGCAGGAGCAGGAGGAGGAGCUGCCCGACGACCAAUUGAUAUUGUCCCACUCCAGGCGCUGGGCAUGCUCUUUGUCCGUGGCCUGCAGCCGCCCACACCGCCGGCGGGAGACUGCGCCAGGCUUAUAAAGCUAUUCGAGCCCCUGGUCAUCUACUGUCUGACGCUCUUCAUGAAGUCCAAUGCUCUGAUUCAGGCGCCCAUAUUGCGAUUGCUAUCCCAGCUGCUGGACCUCAAUGUAACCUACAGCAUAUUGGAUUCCAAGAAUGUUAUAUUCGAGCAAAUACUGAACAACAUGGAUCUGAUAGAGGGAGGCAUUGAUAGGAACGCCUUUAUUAUUGUUCCACCCAUGCUGAGAUUCCUUGUGCAGCUCACCCACAAGAGCGACCGGCAACUGAUCACCAUACCCAAGAUCAUCAGCAUUACAAACAAUCUGCUGGCCAGCAGCUCUGUACGCGAGGUGGCCUUGCUGGCCCUCAGAACCUUGAGCUACGAGCUAUUCUUCAUGCACAGCCAGCUGGAGGAGGCCAUGGACACCGACAGUGGUCAUAAUUCAGGCCGGACGGCUUGCCAGAGCCCAUUGAGUGCGGCCCCCACGCCGGAAACCAGGGAGGCCCUGCUGGCUCAGCGACGCGAACUCGACACGCAACGGGAAGUGGUGCUGGGCAUGCUGGAGAAGUUUAUCGAGGCUCGGCCCAGUCAACAGGUGCUUUCCCUCCUCCUGCUAUUCGAGCGGAGCGUGGAGCAAUUGGAGGAGGCUCCGUAUCGCAGCGCCCAGGAUGCGGACACCGUGUAUGGGAUUCUUUGUCGAGGUCUCUGCUCACGGCAAUGGCGACUGCAUUCCGCCGGAGAUCUGCGGCGGCUGGAGAGCUGUUUCCGCAACAAUGGCAACCAUGUGCUGGCCGACAGCAAAGGAUUCCUGCAGCUGCUGCAGCUCUUCAUCGAGCAGGGCGUCGGCAACUUUGGUGAUUUAGCUCUGGCGAUGGUUAUGCUGGCCAACGUAAUCCUUAAGACCGAGGAAAUUUAUUUAGUGAAUCACAUAAAACUUUAUUUGAAAAAUAAUCCAACUGCCGAGCGGCGGCUGCAGGCUUUAUUGCCCACCACAUCGGCCACUCCACCGUUAUGGCAGGACGAGGCGCCAUCGACAUCUUCGGCGGCUGCAGCAGCCAGAGCCGCUGCUGCUCACUCCUCCACUGGUCGCGCCGCCAUCAGUGAGAUUAACUAUUUCGCCAAGGUCCUGAGUGAGAAGCUGCUCGCCUGCCUGGAUGCCCUCCUGGGCAGCCACAUCCCCCCGGCCUCAGCUGCAGCGGAUCACGCCUACUGCCAGCUGGCAGGGCGCUUCGUCGAUGCCCUGAACAACGUCUGCUGCCGCUCACGGCACAAGGAUGCACUUCAAUCAGUUUUCCGCUUGGUUUUGGCCGAGUCUGAAUUUCUCUGCAAAUACUACAGCCUGCUGUUGAUGAGUGCCGCCGGCCAGGGUGGAUCUGGAUCUGGCUCACUGGAUGCCUUGCUACUUGCCUGCAUGAGACUGGCUCAAGCCAUGCGGCUGGAGGAGCCGGUGGUCCUGCUGGAGCAGGCCGCCCAGCUGCCAUUAAAACGGAACCUGCAGCGGGCGUUGUUGCGCGAAGUUUGUGGCGCCAAUGUGGGCUGCGAGUGGAGUGCGCAACAAGUGCGCCGCCUGUUCGACGGCAGGUAUCUGAAUUUCCUAAUUGCUGACCACUUGGAAUUCCUCUGCGAGCUGUGCCAAGAGCGUCCCGAGUGCGGCUCAUUACUGCAGGUGGCCCUGCUCCGGAACGCGCACCGCUUGAGUCGGCAAUCCAUUCGCAUCGUCCUUCGGCUAUUGGGACGUCUUUGUGAGUCCGCGGAACAAAAUGCCCCGGGAGACGCCGGAGUGGAUGCCGGGCCCGUGCUGCAGGCCCUGCAAUUGCUGAGUCGCCUGCACCAGCUGCACGACGGGCAGCGUUCGCUGCAGCUGCCCAUGGAGCGGAUGGCACGGCGACUGACCGCCCAGAGCGGGCCUGUCGCCAGGAAGGACAUCUAUGAGCGGCUCGUGGAAGGAGAUCUGGCCGGGGGCGAGGACCAGGACGCCCUGCGAACGCUGCUGCUAAAGGACUUGGAGUGCCGCCAGGACAAUGAGACUGCAACGCCGUCGCGCAUAAUUGAUGAGAGCUGGCUCUUUGCGCAGCUAAUCAAGUUCGCGACCCAACACGCGGAUGCUCCGCAGCAGCAGAAACAACUGAUGCUACUCCUCCUGGAGAUCCAGUCGGAGCCAAAGCUGAACCGUCUGCUCCGGAGCCUGGGGGCUGAACAGGAGGCGCGUCUACUGCGCCACGCCAUUACGGGCUCCCUAACCGCCAUGCUGUCGGACUUUCAGCAAAAGUGCAUCCAGCAUGCACCGCACAUCAACUACAUGCAACCGCCGCCUCUGGCGCGAGUGUCCUGCUCCUUGCUCCUGGCGAAAGUGGUUUCGAUAACGGCCUCCGAGUCCCGGUCAACACCCACCGUCGUGCAACUGGAUGUGGCCCGGGCGGUGGCCUCGUUGAUGGUCUGUAUAUGGAAUGUGGAGAAAACGGCGCUCAUUUACAUAGAUGCCCGGCUGAUUGAGAAAUUCGUGGGCGAACACCUGCUGCGCCAGGAGCAUCUGCCGCAGUUGAUGGCCUACCUCGGAUGGCUGGCCGAGGUGGCCAAACAGAUUUUGGCCAAGCCAACACGACAGGACACGGAACAAGACGCCCUGGGCGUGCUGCUGACCACCAUGGAUGCACUCCUGCUGCAACCGCGGGUCUGGAGGGAGUUGAAUGCCAGUUCGGAUGCCGGACUGCGGUGUGAGCUCCUCGAGCUUCUGGGCACGGUGGCUCGGUGCAUCUUGCAGGAUACAAUUUUCUAUCAACGGCAUCGCCUGGACAGAGGCGGCAACGCGUCCAAGGGACCAGCACCGCAGGCGAUUUUCCUGGCCAAAUUGAUUGAAACGCAAAUUGAUAUUGAGUCCCUGGACAGCGGCAGGGUCUUGGCAGGCGGCAAGGAUGCUCGUCUGCAGUUUGUUGGCCAGGAGCUGGCCCAGGUCCAAGUACCGUUGUCGCUGGUGGCCUCCAUUGGUACUUCGCUGCUACGCACACACCACUUUUAUGCCUACGCGGUGACUCCGCCCGAGCUUAUCCAGCAGUCAGAGGAGCAGCUGCAGCAGCAGCAGAAGCAACAGGCCGAUGGCAAGUUGCCCACCAUUCCCGUGGACAGUCUGAGCGAUGUGGAUGUCCUGCGACAAUUUGUCAAGCGGCUCUCCAUCUUUGGCUUCACCACCCGGCAGCAAUUCGAGGAGUACUUCAUGACCUGCCUGCUGCUGAUCAACCAGCUGUACGACGAGCACAUGGUCGAUCAGCAGGAGCAGUUCCAGAUCAAGCAGCUCUGCCUGCAGGCCAUCCUCGAACUUUUAAUGACGUACAAAACUUUUCCCAUUGUGGGCCAGACCAAUGGACAGUUCCAUCACACGACUCGCUGGCGGCGCAUCACUUGUGACAGCAUUAGCCUGAAGAAACUGCACAAGGUGCAGCUGCUGGUGGACGCAUGCAGUGUCUUCUAUCAGCCCAAUCUGGAGCGGCAGCUGGCCCAGGACAAUGUGAUUGGCACACGCACCUUUGCGGCCAAUCAAUACGAUCUCAAUUUCAGCUGGGCCCAGAUGGAGGCCCAUGCGGGCGCCGGCAUGGGAAUGGGCAUGGGAACGGGCACGGACGAUGGGGCUUCUUCCCUGGCGGACAUUAAGCAGUCCUGCGAAUCGGAUGUGCCUGACAUGGCAAUGCGCAACUAUCGCCAUUUUACGCAGCUGUCGGGAAUUGACUUUCGCAGCAGCACGCAGCUGGUCUUUGACGUACUGCAGCAGAUGAUCGAGCUGAAUCACAUUCUCGUCCUGCCCAAUUUGGUAAAGUUUUGCGAGAUCUGCGAGAGUCGCGACCACAUCAAGUGGAUUAAAGAGCGCUGCCUUAAACUGCAGGAGCAAGUGGCCAUGGAUGAUACGAUUUCACAUCAGCACAUAAUCUACUUACUGUGCCGCAGCCAGGCCCUCCUCAUACCCAGCCUGGGCGAAAUGCAGGCACUGUGCUCCCUGAUUGGCAACGUCUACUUGAAGAGCACGCACGGCUUCAUACGCAUCGCCACGCUGCAGGGUCUCCUCUGUCUGCUGGAGUGCUGCAGCAAGACCAACACGACAAUGGGCAGGAUGAGCGAGGAGCUGACAUUGUUGCGAGCCCUAAUUGUGGGCUACAUCAAUCGCCAUGGCAUCAUUGAUGAGAGCCCCCUGCAGUUCAGCGUGGAGCACACCAAGCUGGUCUGGACGCUCAAUUACAGCCUGAUCGAGUGGACAUCGAAAUUCGUGCCGCAAUGUCAUCUGUUGUCAAAUGCAGUCAUUGCGGCCAGCAAUUUGCUGAAGACGACCGCCGACGAGGAGCUGUAUCUCUGCGUUCUGCAUGGCCUGGAGCGCAUGGUGGUCAAUAGUGGAGUGCCUUCGCGUGGUGCCCAGCCUACUGGAGUUGGAAUUGGAGUAGGAGCAGGAACAGGAGCAGGAGCAGGAGCAGGAGCAGAAGCCGGAGUUGGAGUCGUGGUCACACCGCAGAUGCGACAUAAAAUUGAAAAACUUGCACUCGAAUUGUUGAAAAUGGAAAAUGAGAAAUUUUCGAUUCCGGCAUUGAAAUUGCUUUUGUCCUGCAUGUAUGUGGGUUCUGCUGCCCAGCUAGAAAACACAGAGCUGUCGAAUGGGAUCGUCCAGGACGAUCCGGAGAUAAUCGCCCAGCAAAACGACAAAGUCGAUAUACUUUUGCAUUGUAUUAAAUCAUCGACUCGAGAUGCCGCCUGGAUUUAUGGACAAGUGCUGUGCCAAAUUAUUCGUGAUUUAGUGCCACCGAAUGAAAUAUUGACGAAGGUCAUAAAGGAGUUUGUGGCCAUAAAUCAACCGCAUGGCGAUGUUAUUGCCAUGAUUGUGUAUCAGGUCUUUCGCUCCGCCAUCGACUCGUCGUACCUGCAGAUGCUCCAGGACUGGCUGAUCUGCACACUGCCAACGUUCCUGGCCCAGCCGGAGCAGCAAGGUGUCUGGGGUCUCAGCGUCAUCUUUUUAUCCGCCUCCAUAAAUCUGCAUUUGAUUAAACUAUUUCCGCUGGUGCUCGGCAUCGGGGCGGCCAACGCGGCGACAACAGGCACAGCGGCAUCAGCGGCAUCAGCGACGGCCCGAAAAUUGGGUCAACACGAAAUUGCAUUGUUCGUGACAGCUGCACAAGAUUUCCAUGCGAAAUUGAGUGGCGAGCAGCGGGAGCGCUUCCGCGAGGCAUUCACCAGCUACGAGCGGAGUCAAGUCUACGGCAGGAUGUUGCAGCGACUAUAGGGCUGUGGCAGCCUGUGAUGCGAAAGCGAUAGUGAUAGCGAUUGCGAUAGCAUAUAAUCAUUUGGAGUGCUCACCGAGAGCACAGAUAUUUAUCUUACGUUUAAUUCCAAUUGCAGAAGCAGGACGAAGGGAGUUUGGGGUCCAAACUUGCUCCAAAGACAAGCGCAAGCGUGAAUAACUAAUUGCCCCGAGCUGUGGAGAAAGUUUUGUGCGGAUGCCGGACAUGCGGCCCUUCUUCGCGGCCAAAAGAGAACGAAAAGUUUUUUAAUAGUUGGCGAAUUCGAAAUUAAUUUAUGCUUUACAUUAUGUGUAACUAAUAUUUAAAUUAUUGCAAACGAAUGUACGCCACCCCCGCUUGACUUCCCCCAUCUGGUCGAAAGUUUAACGAGGCCACCAGGAGGAGAGCGACCCGCAAUUAAUUCCCGUGGCUUUCGACAAGGACCCUGGGCAAGGACCAGGCGACGGAAAUUAUGUUCUUGUCAGUUUUUUGGUAAAGUUUAUCAUUUAUUUAUUAUAACGACGCUGCCCAAGCUAGGCAAAAAAAGGGGGUAACGAACCUCGCCAAAGGACGCUGGUGAAUAUUAGCGGCUUAACCAAUUGCCGGCUAAUUCCUAAUCAAAAUUACUUAAAAAUUCCAUUAUGCUAACCCUAAACCUUAUCCACUUGUGUAAUCAAUGUAACAAUGUAACAACCAUA